ACAAGUAACUCAGUACACAUUAAACCAAAAGUGAGGAAGCAUCGAUUGCGUUACGGUAGUGGCUAAGAUGUAGUAACACACACAAAUGUCAAAGAUGGGGAUACUAAGUGUUUUUUUUAGACCGACUAUUAAGGAAGGUAUCCAAGUCACACCUGCUGUAGAAGCUUUAGAAAAGCCGUUCGAAGAUGUACCACCGGAUUUCUGCAUAAUUGAUGUUCAAGAACCGGAACAAGAAGGAAUCAAUGACAAUGACAACAAUCUGCAGUCUGAAACGUUAUCACUCGCAUCGUCCAAUUCAGAACACCAAAAUCAAACAGAAAAUUCUAGUACCAACAAUGACGACCAUCUACAGUCUGAAAUAUUAUCACUGUCAUCAACUAGUUCUGAACACCAAAAUCAAACAGAAAAUUCUAGUACCAACAAUGAUAACCAUUUGCUGUAUGAAGUAUUAUCACUGGCAUCGACAAGUUCUGAACACGAAAAUCAAACAGAAAAUACUAGUACCGAUGUCAAGCAACUAGCACAAGAAUUCCAGAACAUGAAAAAAGAACUCCAGCACCUUCACGACCUUAAAAAGGACGUAGAACAUAUGAAAGAGCAAGUAACACAAAAUCAGAAUUCUUUAUCAGUAGAACAAGCGCACAGUUUGCGGUCUGAAACAUGGUCGUUGGGCUCGGUUUCCAGAUGUUCUGACUGCGAAAACCAACUAGAAGUUUCUAGUAGUAGAAUGGAACAAGUCUAUGAAGAAAUUCAUAAACUGAAAGAAGAAAUUCGGGUUUUGAAACAAAACCAAGGUUCGUCGUUGGGAAGUGUUACAACUUCGGGGGUUGCGCCGCCUCCACCUCCUCCUCUUCCUCCUCCGCCUCCAUCCCCGAACAUAACUAUAAUAAUAACGAAAUCGGUAGAUAAAACGAAGAACAGGAAGACAACUGAAGAGAAUCAGAGGCCCCUUACAUUGGAGGAACUUCUGAAUCAGAAAGAGAAACUGAGGAAAACGGAGCCAGUUCCACGUCAUCAGACUUCCAAUGGUUCUAAUGAUUGUAACCAACAUGGAGUUUCGCUUGAAGAAUUACAAAAGGUGGUAUUGAAGCCUGCGGGGAGGCGAAGACUUAAAAGCGAGUCAAAUGCUACGUCUAGCACAAGUGCUUUAAAAGAUAACCCUUUAUUUUAAUGUGACUAAUAUACCAAGUGAUUCAAUAGAUUCUAUAAAUAGUGUACUUAGACAAUUUUGGAGACUUAUAUUGUUAUCGAUUAUGUAGUUUCAUUUACAGUAUUAGGUUUUACAAAAUGAUUUUGAGCCAUAUAUCACACAGAUAAGAACUGUGUGUAGUAAAUGGCUUCGGUUUGAAUUACGUACUAUAUUAUCUAUAUAUCUUGCUUUAAUUAUUUGUAUAUUUGGAGAAUUAAAACGUUUCCAGAUAA